UUCAUAAACAAAAUGGCGAUUUCGAUGGGUGUGAAGUCACUUUCGCUUCUACUAUUUCUCAUGUCUACGGUGACUGCCGAUUACUGUGUUGGGUACUAUGAUUCAUUUAAUGACUGGCAAAGUGGUUUUGACUGUCCCAAGAGCUGGUUUGAUGACUCUGAUGACAGGUAUUGUUGUGGAUCGUCAACUUACAAGUACUGCUGUGAUGAUAUAUUUGGGUUUGACGAUGACGAUGACUGGGAUGACGUCAGCGGUAGCUUUCAUACUGCGUGGAGUGUGAUUGUAGGUGUAGUGGUGUCAGUCAUAUUCGUCAUUAUAGUAAUUAUUGUUGUGAGCUGCUUUAUGUGUAGCUGUUGUAUCUUAAACCAGCAGCGAAGAGCCACUCGUACAACAACAACCGUGACCCGGCCAGCAACUCAGAUGACCACUGUCACAAAUACCAACUAUCCGAUGGGACCACAACCUUAUCCAGCACAGCCCCAAUGUCAGCCAUAUCCAGCACAACCCUAUCCAGCUCAGCCAUACUCAGCCCCUCCACCAUCCUAUCCAUCAGCUACUGCUGGAGCUGCACCGUACCCAGCUGCACCGAAUUAUGAUCCAUCAAAUUACCCUGCAUACCCCCCAAGUACUGCACCAGGUUACCCACCAGCCCCUUCCUACCCUCCUCCAUCAGAUGCCCCUCCCUAUCCUCCCCCAUCAGAUGCUCCUCCCUACCCUCCCCCGUCGGAUGUCCCUUCCUACCCUCCUCCAUCGGAUGCCCCACCAUAUGCGCCAACAUCGAAUGCUCCUCCAUACCCAACAAAAUACUAGUAUUUUUUUUAUCCUAUGCUUGACUUGCAGUAAAUUAUUAAAUAGACAAGGCUGAAAAGUUUUGCAUGUGACUAUAGAGGCUGCCCUGUUAUCAGGCCCUGAAAUUGUAGAUACUAACUUCAUUUCAUGCAGUAUUAUUGUCCCACUUACGAGGCCUACAGGUUUUGACAUCCAAUCAGAUAUGCUGACUGCCUGCCAUUUUUUUAUCUUUAAGCUUAGCUUAGGCUGAUUUGUUGAAAACAUUUUUUUCUUAUCUCGAUUCAAAAUGGGGUCAAUUUCCUUAUUAUUAAUUAGUUAUUAAUGAAUGCACUUCUGUACAUAACAUUUCAGCCAUGCCUAUAGAAACACUUGUAUCCAUAGAUUACAUAUGAACAUGCAGUCAAUUUAUCAACCAGUCAAAGGUUGUUGGCUGUCUCGUCAAAAACUCCCAAUACAAAAACGUGUAGAACCUUGCAAGGUGACGUUAUUUUGAGUUGAUGUGUUAUUUGUAGAUUAUUUUGAUGUUGCUGUGAUGUUC